GACUGUGAUAAUCGUGUAAAUCGGGGUAGUCUAAAUAGGGGCAAAUGUCGCAAUAUUUAAUAUAUAGUUUGUUGCCUCUUGCGAAUACAAUCAUAAUCAUUCGUAAAGGAUGUCGCCGGAAACUUCUUCAAAAGUUUUAGAAAACUAUGCGUUUCUCAUUAUUGCUGGCGUUCCAUCGGGAACGCAAUUUGGAAUUGAUCUUCACAGUUUUUACGUCGGUGAUAAUUUUCGUGGAGUUAAGCUGAUUCCCCCGGGAAUGCAUUUCGUUUACUGUGCGUCGCAAGGUGCAUAUGGAGAUGCAGCACCCAGAGUGGGAUUCCCACAUUACUUUAAACGUGGGGAAAUAGUAGUUCGUGAAUGGGAUUAUAGUACUGAAGAACUACGAUUUCGUAGCCAUCAGAACAUUGAUACUGAACUCAAUAAUAUUAGAGAAAAUAUUGUAAGCCUUGCUAGAUACAUGGCUGCUUACGACCAUGAAGCCAAUGCUAAAUGGAGUAAAAUAUCAAACAUCACAGAAAAAACUGUUCAAACGCUUUCACCCGAUAGUGGGGUUGUGCGGAAUACUGUAGAUCUACUCUCAUGUUCGGAUUCAGAUCGCCCAAGAGGCAAUGAUCAAUCAACUAGUAACACACGUCAUCCAGUUCGCAUGCGAGCUUCGCUUAACGAGGAUGAUUUGCUUCCACAUUUAAAACCAGUAUCUGGUAGUAUUCCAAAUUUCACACUACUCCCUCCUAGAUGUCCAAAAGACGCUUCACCUGCAGAAAUUUCUAAACAUUAUAUAGACUGCAUAGAUGCGAUUGAUUCGCUUUUACAAGGCAGAGAACAAGACAUAUAUGAAGAAAUUCAAUUUUCAUUUAUUCUCUUCCUUUGCGGUCAUUCAAUAGAUGGUUUAAGUCAUUGGCGAAAAAUGCUGCUUCUAUUUAGCUAUUCAGAGAAAGCAGCAGAAAAAUAUCGAAAUUUUUAUAAGAGUUAUCUUGUAUUAUUGCAAUUUCAUUUACCAGAGUUACCAAUUGAGCUUGUUGAACAGUCGAAUAGUAAUACGGUCUAUUUGGAUGUGCGUCGAUUGAUAUUAAACUGUUAUCAAGUUGGAAUUACAUCAGCUGCACAUGCAUUAGAAAACUGUUUAAAAAACACUCUGCUGUGGACCUUUGAUGAUUUAUUUAUGGAAGAUUCUGAUGAAAUGCCUGUCGUAGUAGAGCUUUAA